AUGCUAACGGGAGAGAUUCCAUCAUCGAUCGGUAAUUUGACUUUAUUGAAUCGCUUUUACCUGCCGUUCAACCACUUCUACGGGGAAAUACCGCAGAGUCUUGGUAACUGUAGGCAGCUAAUUGAGCUCGAGCUUUCCAAUAAUAAUCUGAGUGGUUCAAUCCCAAGGGAGGUUCUUGGCCUUUCUACUAUUUCGAUUAUCUUUAGCUUGGCACAUAACCAGUUGAACGGAUCUCUCCCGUCUCAAGUUGGGUCCUUGAUCAAUCUUGGCAAAUUGGAUCUAUCUUACAAUAAGCUGAUUGGACCAAUUCCUAGCUCCAUUGGCAAGUGCUUAGUAUUGGGGUGGCUCAGCUUAGCAUUCAAUUCGUUUCAUGGCGAAAUUCCUCUGGCUUUAAGCACAUUACGAGGCUUACAAGAGUUGGAUGUUUCCCAUAACAACUUAUCUGGUGAAAUCCCGAGCUUUCUCACUCAACUUACAGAUCUAAAGUACUUGAAUCUAUCUUCAAACAAGCUUGAAGGAGAGGUUCCGAAGCAAGGAGUAUUUCUCAAUGCUAGUGUAGUGUCCAUCUUUGAGAAUAGGAAUCUCUGUGGAGGUAUUGUAGAACUAAACCUUCCUCCUUGCAAAUCAAAUACCUCUAAACCAUUAUGGACCAACAAAGUUAGAGUAAUCGCCACAGUGAUGGCCGUCUUGUCAUACUUCAUUUUGCAUCUUUGUCUAUUUAUCUUUUGGUAUCAGAAAAAGAAGUUGAAAAAGAAUACCUCUUCAAUUGAAUUUCCAUUCAAACAAAAUUUUUUGAUGGUCUCUUAUGAGGAGCUCUUUAGAGCCUCAGAUGGAUUCUCUGAGAUCAAUGUGAUCGGUAAAGGGAGAUAUGGUACUAUCUAUAAAGCAACCACACAAGAAGGCCGCUUGGUGGCGGUUAAAGUGCUCAACUUGGGCCACAUAGGUGCUUUGAAGAGCUUCGUCUCGGAAUGUCGAACCUUAGGGCUAUACGACACCGAAAUCUCGUGA